AUGCACUCUCUCUUCUUGCCUCUGCUCGUGGACGCCGCCUCGAACGGCCUUCCCAGCGUACCGCUGUCUACCGUCAGUCGAACGACUUCUCGCCACCCGUUAGCGCGAGUCCGCUCGCCUCCGCGGACCCUCUCCUCCUCUCUCGCCUCGACCUCUAACUCGCUCCGACUGCUCGUGCGCUCUGACCGGCCAGACUUGGUUGAAUGGCUUGAUCGGCAUCUGUGCAUGCACGCUGAUCCCGACCGAAGCCAUCCCGACGUUGUGACCUGGUCAUUCCGCCUCCUGUUCCCCUCUCACUCGUUCCCUUCACACCCUGUCCCGCUCUCGCAACAUUCGGCUCUCCACCGGCGCUUGAGCACUCUUUCAUUGAUCCAGCAACUCGCCAUGUCGACCCACCAUGCCGUCCGAGCGCCGUAUGAGGGCGUACCGUCGGGAGGAGGAGAUGCGAGUGGAUCGGGCACAACGGCCGGAGAUCAGCUCGGAGGGGGUGGCGAGCCCAAAUGGUGGACUCCGGAGGACCUCAGAAAGCGGCAGAGGGCGGGCAACGGCGGGACGAGCGCGGUUGGCGGGGCAGCUGCGGCUGGAGGAGGACUCGCUCGAGGUGCUCAAGGACACGUACGCGCGUCCGGCACGAAUCCGAACACCAGCUUCUCGUCUCCUCCCUACCCCAUCCAGCCGUCGCCAAACGCACCGCCCGCUCGCCAGUUCGGCUCGUCCUUCGUCGACCAAGGCUUCGUGCCUACCGGCCUCUACCUCUCGCCCAAUGCGUCGACCUUCACUCCUCUCGGUCCGACAACCUUCACUCCGCUCGGCCCGAUGCCUCCUCACCCAGCCGCGACUAUCCCGGACCAGCCUUCCGCACCGCCAUCUUCCGGCUUCUACGUCAAUCACGAAGAGUACCGCGGGCAGGAGGAAGAUCUGCACGUCCAGUCCGACGGCUCGUACGCCGCUUUUCCGGCUCCUCGGCUCGCGCACAAGGUCGUUCUCUCCUGGUCGACAUCGCAAGGCGGCAGUACGGUGGCCGGAGACGUGCGUGGAGAGACUGAGGGUAUGCUGAGCGCCGCAGAGAAGGAGCGCAUUUUUGCGGAGGCGAGGCAGAAGAAAGGUAGUCGCGCGGUUGAGAUCAAGCGUCCACCCCCGAGGCCGCCAUCGGCUCCUCCCGCCCUCGACAAGGUCGCCGAACCUGCCGCCGACAUCAAGAAGAGCGCUUCGCCAACUCCGUCGAACAAAUCGUCGACCUUCACCUUCUCCCCCCAAGUCGCCAACUUCCGCCCACGCACUUCCCUCUCCGAUGCCGCAUUGACCGUCGACCCUCCUUCACCCGUACCGUCUGCUGCGAAGCCCGUGGACGACCCGCCUACCUCGCCGCCGUUGACCUCCAACUCGACCCGCGCCAUGCCCACUUUCGGCCUUCUCAAGUCGCUCAAAGCGCCUUCCUCGAGCGCCGUCUCCCUCGCCGGCUCGUCCGCCGCCUCACUCGUUCCUUACGGCGACUCGGACGAGGAGAGCAGCGAAGAGUCUGACUCAAACGCCUACGCGACGCCGCCGACUAUCUCGAAGACGCCGACUUCGGUAAGGGCUAUGUCGCCUGAGCCGCAGAAGGAACUGCAGCGCUCGAGUGCCCCGUCGCCGCCGUCGAGCGCCUCGAGCCGGGCUGAGAAGGAGCAGCUGCCGUCGAGCGAGGGAGGCGCGUCGAAGCAGGGGGAGGCGAAGGAGGCGGAGCGGGACGAGUUUGUCAAGGUCAUGGACUCGCGCGCCAGCAGCUCGACGGACGAUGGAGACGAACCCGCCAAUACAACCGAAGAGCUCAUUGUCUUCAUUGCGGAGGCGAGCGUCGAGGCAGACGUCGCUUCGUCGGCAACCUCCGCCUCAAAAGCGUCCGCGUCGAGCGAUGAGCCCCCGAUGAAGCGAGUCAGGACGGGGCAUGUUGAGGAGGAGACGCCGGUGGAGGAGAGGUCGGUCAAGCCGGAGCUCCUCUACACCUCGUCGGCUUCUACCGUUGACGUCCGCCCCAACGCUCUCGUCCACGCUCCGCGCGCCAACGCUUCCUUCAGCCCGCCGCCGCUUGGCAGGACCGGAAACUGGGAAUCUUUCCCUUCCUUCCACCUCACGUCGUCACCCUUCACCCGCUCGCUGCUCAACCCUUCCGUCUCGCCCUUCAACCCUUCCACCGCCGCGCCAUUCGUUCCCGGUCUCGCCUGGGGCAACGGUUCCUUCUCGGUGCCGCCUCACUUCGGCCCCGUUCCGCCGCCGAAUGCGCAGCGAGAGAUCCGCUUGCGCACGGUCGAGAGCCUCCUCAAGGACACGAUGGAGGAGAACGGUGUCCUUCGUCGCAAGGUCGAGAAGUUCAAGGUCGCGCACAAGGACCAGGCCGAGAAGCUCGCCGCGAAGGAUGCCGAGCUCGAGUCGGCCCGCAAGGAGCUUGUCGACAAGCUCGCAGCCACCGCUGCCGACCUCGAGGAGGCGCGUCGCUCGUCGCCGUCGUCGUUCUCGGUCGCCCGCUACAACUCGGAGGAGACGAAGCGUGCGCUUCUCGAGCAGCGCAAGGAGAUGCUGACCGAGAAGGAGGCGGCGGUCAAGAAGGUCCAGCUCUUGCUCGACAUCGAGACGAAGCGGGCACAGAGCCUCAAGGACGCCGUCCAAAUGCGGGACGACCAGCUUCGCGCUAAGGAUGACGCCCUUCGCAGCAUCGACGGGAGGAUUAAGAAGUCGGAACAGCGUGCGGACGACGCCGUCCGUGCCGCUCGCGCUACGGAGAAGCAGUAUCGCGAGGACUUUGAGCGACGUCUUCGCGCCGAAGAAGCCGAGCGUCGCAAGGAGCUCGAGACGCGCAUGGUCGUCGAGAAGAAGGCGCUCGAGGCGAAGAUCAAGUCGCUUGAGGAGAAGAUCGAGGCGGGCGAGGAGGAAUUGUUGCAGGCGAGUGCGUCGAUUGAGCUGAUGCAGAGCAAGACGGAGGACGCGACGGGGGAGCUGAAGGCGCUUUCUGCCGAGCUCAAGGAGACGGUAGCCUCGCGGGACGCUGCUCUCGCCGACGCGAAGAAGGUCAAGGAUGAGUUGUCCCAGACUCACGCGGCCAUCGCGGACUGGAAGAGGUGCGCCGAGGAGAAGGCGAACGAGGUCAAGACGGUCUCAGAGGAGCUGAAGGAGAUGGUCGUCGCGCGUGACGCUGCGCUCGGUCGCUGCAGGGACGUCAAGAACCAGCUCGACUUGAGGAGCCGCGAACUUGAAGAGGCGAGGGAGGCGUCGAAGAAGGCUCAGGAGGCAGAGACGCAGGCUACUCUGGCCCUCGCUUCGAUCAAGACGACGCUCAAGGAAAAGGAGGCAGAGUUGGCUACCGCAGAGGAGCACCGAGACGACGCGAUCCGCGAGAUUAUCGCCCUUGAGCGCGCCGUGACUUUGCCUUCCGAGGCGCUCCUUGCCGCCAACAAGACCUGCGACGACCUGCGCGCCGUCAAGCAGUCGCUCGAAGACCGCGUCGCCUCGCUUGACAAGGAGCUCUCGACGCACAAGACCGAGGCCGAGACGUUCCGCAACAAGGCGCUCAAGGAGAUGAAGCGCUUGACGACUCAAGUCAAGGAGGCGCAGGAGUCCCAGGCGCGCGUGUCGAAGCUCGAGCGAGACCUUGCCGAUGCGCAACAGAAGGUCGAGGGCGCCGAGAUUGCUCAGAAGCAGGUCAAGCUCGAGCUGGACGAGGCGAAGCAGAAGCUCGAGGCGGAGCAGAACGCGCGGACGGCGCUCGAGGGGUUGUUCAGGCAGAAGAACGAGUACAAGGACGCGGAGCUCAAGAGGGUGCAGGAGCGUGCGAAGAGCGAGCAGGACGAGCUGAGGCAGCGAGUCCAACGCCUCGAGGAGGAGGUCGUCAAGGCGGAGCAGACGCACGAAGAGGCGGGCCAGCACGUCGACGCCGUCCUCGCCGAGUGCGCCGAUCUCAAGCAGGAGAAGCACGAGCUCGAGAAGCGCGUCGCCGAGCUCGAGCAGAACAAGGCGGAGAGCGCGUCGAAGGCGUCGACGGACCACACCCGCGCAGAGGUCGAGAGGAGGAGCGAGGCGGCGUCCGAGAAGGCUUCGACGAGCUCCGUCGUCCACGCCGCGUUCGCGCGCAGGCCGGUCACGUCCAAGACGCUCGAGCUGCUCUCGAAGACGCGGAAGGGUUGA